UGUUACUGACUUACGAAUUGUAUAUAAUAUAAAUAAAUAUUGCUUUAGUUUUAGAUCAUUUAUUUUGGAGUCAUAGCUAAAGUAAAAUGAUAUCCAAAAUCUCUUCCCAUCCAAGCAUUGAGACUAAUGACGAUUAUAUAUUUGAAUUCAUAAAUAAAUAUUUGGAACCGUUACCAUACGAUGUGAUCCAUACAGUUUUAGAACUAGUUUCUCCAAAUCAUUUGGUUCCAUUCUUAUCCGCUUAUCAUCUUCCAAUAUUACGACAAUACAUCAUUUCAGAAUAUUUUAAUGAUGAUGUAUAUCUAUGUCUUGGCCAAUACUCUUUUGGUACUCAAACUGAUCGAGAUUUUGAGGAGGACGAAGAUGAAAAUGUUAGAUUACAAGUUCCUACUAAUGAUAAUAAAUGGAAUCCAUUAGUAUUAAAUUACUAUUAUGAAUUUGAAACUAAUUUUUUCAAAUCAGACAAAGAUGGCUUUAAAUUAAGUAAGAAGUUUAUGUCAUUUUAUGAGAAGACGUUAAUCAAUGAUCUUCUAAGUCACAAAGAAUUGAGGUUCAAAUUCGUUGAAAUAACUUGUGGUGUGAAGGAACUUAUAGAUCUUCUUUCAAACACAAACUCAAGAAGUAUAAUAACAAGUAGUAAUAAAAUUCGUCUUGUUCUAACAGAUUUAGAAGGGUUUAAGACAGGAGAUGUGAAAGUCAGUUAUAAGCGACUUAGGAAUAAAUUUAAAGUGAAUAUUCAUAUUUUUAAAAAUAAUUUAAAAUGGUUAACAAAUUUAGAGGAGAUACACUUCUGCAAGGAGAUACUAUCCGAUGUAUCUAAUGUAUUAGUUAAUGAUAAUCUAAGAACGUUGAUAAUAUCAAGCAGAUUCAAAUUUCCAAUCUAUGAGUUUAAACUUCCCAAGCAUUUAGAACGAUUUUCAAUUAGGAAUUCUGAAUUAAAAGAUUCUGAUUUCUUAAAAAUUAAACUUCUAGAGUCAUUAACUCAUUUGAAUAUUGACCAUUGUCCAUUAGAUAUUAGUUGCAUCCUUUGUGUUAUUUUGAAUAACUUACCACAUUUGAAAUAUCUAAAAAUUAAAUACUGCCGUUCUGUUUUACUGCCAAAUCAAAGGAAAAUUUAUGAGGAUAAAUUAAUACAACAAUCAUCUUCAAAGUUAAUGUGGCCUAAAAAUUUAAAAGUAAUUUAUAGUGAUGCAUUGCUUUUAUGGACUCAUAGAAGCAUUUUAAGAAAAGUGAAAUGGCCACCUAACCUUAAAAGAUUAUCACUUCGAUUUUUAAAAGGUCUUCAAACUAGUUUGUUGGUAUUUCCACAAACCUUGACUGAUUUGGACUUGAGAUUUUAUCCAUAUUAUAGUGUCUGGUUUAAACCAAUCACAUUACGAAUUCCUCGAAAUUUACUAAAGCUAGUUCUUAUAGGAUAUGAUUUUGAUAAUAUCAUAAUAAAAUUUCCUCAAACUUUAAUUGAAUUGAAUUUGACAAAGUGUAAGAGGAUACCAUUUGAAGUAAUCAAAUUUCCAUUAUUAUUGAAGUAUCUAACUGUCGAUGACUGCGAAUUUUCAUAUCCAAAUGAGUAUAAACAUUGGAAAGAUUUGAAUAAGUUGACUUAUUUAUCUUUAAUGAAGAAUUACAUUGUUUCACUUUCAGAUUGGAUUCCACCUCCAAGUUUAAUACAUUUAUUUUUAAGUGGGAAUAGAAUACCUAAUAUGUCUAAUGAUACCUUAAUCUUUGGGGAAAACUCAAGUAUCCUCCUACCUCAUCUAAUUGGAUUGUAUAUGUAUGGUAAUCACUUUACCAGUUAUAAGAAUGAUACCCAUCUUCCAAAUAAUGUUGACCCACUGACAAUAUUUUCAAAGUGUCGCUAUUAGACGUUUAUGACUGCAAAAAAAGAAAAAAGUGAAACUUUUCUUUCUCAAUUUAGACUUUCAAACGAAUGAACAUACAUAUCGUUAUACCUUAAGUAUACACGUACCUGCUUGAUUGCGCAAGAUGUAUUUUAAAGUUUCAUUUGAUGAUGAUACUAUGUAUAUUAAUACUUGAAGCAGUAUGAUAGUGAUUUGC